AUGCAUUCAAGCAGCAAGUCUUCAAAAGCCAUGCUAUUCAUACUUUCCACAUUUGAGUCUGCCGUUAUAAAAGGUGGGGUUUAUUGGAUUAUUGAGUGUGCUGUUGAGAUUUUUAGCUUCUACAGUUUGAUUGUCUACUGGCUCAGCUAUGUGCUUUCGAGGCAGGCGAGAUUUUUGAUUAGGUUGGCGAGAACCCAGGGCUCGUUGGAGGAUUGCUUCUUGGUUUGCAAUAUCUUGGUUUUGGUGACGGGGCUGAUGUGGCUAUAUUUAUGGCAAAUAGGCGACCCAAAGAUGAAACAGGCCUACGCCACGGUGGUGGGAAUCUCCCUACUUCGGUUCGGCGUCUCGUUCUUGAGACUGGUUAGAACCAUGGCGACGAAAAAAUCGCCCAAGUACCAGAUCAAGUCGGUGUCAAAGGUGAACAAGUACACUGCAGAGAGACCGGUUAUGAGAGUGUUGAAGGAAGAGAGCUCGUGCAUGUUUUUCUUUGCUUGUUCUAUAUGGGACUCACCGCCUAGUUUUUUCAAGCUAUUGCUCCUCGUAUCGCACUCUCUCGUUGCCGUGUUGAAAGCUGUGGAUGACGUCAAGUCUUCCAAGUCGCUCGAGUUUUGCAAGUUCCUUUUCGGGUUGUUGGAAAAUGUCGUGCUAGUGGUGUUUUGGUGCGAGUCGUUUGAAAAGCUCCAGUUUAAUUAUUCCAUUUGCUAUACCUUGACCUACUUUAUGAAAUACGAGGAGUCUGGAACCGCGUCUUCUUCGUUGCAAAUUAUGCUGAUGUUGAUCCAGUAUCUAUAUGGCAAGUUCAUGCCGAGAGGAGGAGCCGCUCCCCAUCCACAGGCACUCUUGCAAAGACCAACCUCGUAUGGAUUCGACUGCUUUAGUAUUGUUAGUGACUUGAAGUAA